AUGCCCAAUCUCGACAGCCUCGUCUCCUUCCCGAUCCCGAUCGCGGGCGGGUCUGCGCCUUCCUCGACCACCGCAUCGUCCUCGCGGACGCCCAUCCCGCCCGCGACGUCGCACAUCCUCGUCACGGAUACGCUCGACUCGCCCGCCUCGUUCGUACUGGUGCACUUUCUGCGUGCCGCCCUCUCCGCCCACCGCUCGUCGAGCCAGAAUGCAGCGGCCUCGGCCACAGCCAAGGGCAAGGCUAGGGCGACGGAGAAGCACAUCGUCUGGCUUGGCUGCGACGCCAGUGGCCUCGGGCACUGGAAGAACCUCGUGCGCCGUUCCGGCGUCCAGCUCGAUGCCGAGAUCAGCAAGGGUCGCUUCCGCCACAUCGACGCCGCCUCUGCCCUCCUUGCCGACCACACGGAAGAUGCUCCCAGCCGGCCCGGUCCCUCUGCGCCGCCUCCGAAGGGCUUAAAGACCCUCUACGACAGCAUCGCUGCACAACUGCGGCAGAUCCGCCUGCAGAGGCAGCAGGAGUCGCAGGCUCAGGACAGGGUCGGCGAUGAUGCCGGCGAUGCGCAGCUUGCUUGGCAAGCGGAGACUCUGAUCGUCAUCGACGACCUAUCGGCGCUCGCCUGGAGUCUGGAAACGGUCGACAGCCUGGGCAGACCCGUGGACGUGGCUCUGCACGUCGCAAAGUGGAUACGGGCGUUGCGCGCGCUGGCUGCCAAGCACAAGGCAUGCCUCCUGACACUGCAGCACGCAGACGCCACCUCGGUCGCCAAGACCUCGUCGUCCUCCAACACGGCUUCGGACGCCAUCGACGAGUCCAUCUUCCGCUCUCUGUGCAAGACGGCCGACGUGUGGAUCGAAGUAAAGGAGCUCGGCAGUGGACGCGCCCGCGACUGCGACGGCGAGAUCACCGUGCAUCCCCUCGUCCGAUCUUCGCUUGCCCCAGAUUGGACCCAUCAGUCCAACGAGGACCUGAGUGAAGGUUUCGAGGACGGCACGCCGCCGCUGGCCGCUUUUGCCAUCGAGACGCCUUGUCCGAGUCGAGCAAAGGCGAUGCUCUACCGAAUUGCACACGAUGGUCAAACGGCGACGUCGGGUGCCUCGGGGACCGGGACCAGCACGGGCAGAGUCCAGCUCUGGGCUCGCGGUACAGGCAGAGGAUUCCUCUGA